AAACAGCUGAUCGAAAACAAACAAGGCGAAGACCAUGAUGUCGGGUUUGAGGGUGCCAUGGAAAUCAUGGCUAUGGAUGAUGUGUUGGGUGGAUCUGCUUCGUAUAAGGAUUUCUAUUGUUGCUGGGAUUCCACGAAAGGCUGUCAGACACUUCCUUUGAAACCAGAUUUCUAGGUUUUGAUUGGCCUGGAUUUGAACAAAAUUUGCUCACAUGGGAAGCUGUUUGCAUAUGAUAGGAGUCCAAGAUUUCUAGUUCUUCUCAGCUACUUGUCAAAGCAGUUAUUGGGAAUUUUGUAUGAGUGACAGCAAUUGCUAUCAUGGAUGACUCAGGCUCAGACUUGAAAGUGAAUGACAGCAAAAUCGAAUUUGUUGCUGUGAAGGAAGAAAAUACGGAAGAUACUGUUGAGGAGGAUUUCCAGGAAGUAAAAGAAGAAAUUAUUGAGGAUGUAGAGGAAGAAAAUGCUGUAUAUAUAAAGACAGAAGACAAAAUCAAUGCAGAUUAUGAAUGCCCAUUGUCUGAAGAUGGCAAAACUUUUGGCAAUGAAGCAGAUAAGAAUGAUUCAGACGUGUUGAUGUGUGAAGACAUAGAUCCACUAUCAUCAGUGGCAGUUGUGAAUGAAGAUUGUGGGAAUAUGUGCUCAUCAGAUAGUGAUCAGUUGACAUGCAGAGAAGGCAAUGAGGAGGUGGCAUGUAGAAAAGAGGAAGCAAAAAAGAAGCGUUUCCCAUGUGAAGUAUGUGGCAAGAAAUUCGAUUUUAAGAGUAUGCUUAUACGUCACAUGACAGUACAUACGAGAGAAAAGUCUUUUAUUUGUGAGGUAUGCAAUAAGUCAUUUGCAUGGAAAUUUGAUCUAGUGAAACACAUGAGAGUACAUACAAAUGUGAAUCCUUUCAGCUGUGAGGUAUGUAGUGAGUCAUUUGCAUGGAAACGUGAUCUGGUGAGUCACAUGGGGAUACAUACAAAAGAAAAGCCAUUUACCUGUGAAGUGUGUAACAAGUCAUUUGCAUGGAAACGAGAUCUGGUGAAACACACAAGAAAACACACAAAGGAGAAGCGUUUUCGAUGUGAGGUAUGUACUAAGGCCUUCUUUGAUGAAGGGAAUCUAGUGAAGCAUACGAGAGUCCAUACAAAAGAGAAGCCAUAUGUCUGUGAAGUCUGUAGCAAGGCAUUUUCUGAGAAAAGUAAUCUAGUACGGCACAUGAGGGUACAUACAAGGGAGAAGCCUCAUACAUGUGAAGUGUGUAAAAAAGCAUUCUCUGAGAAAAGUACACUCAUGUUGCAUAUAAGGAUACAUACGGGAGAGAAGCCAUUUAACUGUGAGAUAUGCAGCAGGGCAUUUGCUGUGAAAGCAAAUUUAUUAAAGCAUAUUAGAGUGCACAGUAAGCGGAAGCAAAAGAAAGGAGAAAAAUUACUUUAGCUUCAAGCAAUCCAUUUGAUUAUCAUCCAUUUAAAUAUAUUGCCAUUGAAAUCUGACACUCUCAAGCCAUGUAAAGAGGUAGGGUGGGAAGAUCAAUUUAGUGUUGACUAAUAUUUGUGAUUCUGGAAAGUGUAGGAAGGAGGAAACUAGCAGCUCAGCCUGGCCUGUGGAGUACUUCAAUACCCUUUUCUUAUUCUAAUUA